ACCACAUCUACAGCAACGACAACAACAGCUGCCCCAACAACAACCACAGAAGCAACAACGACAACCACAGCUGCUCCAACAACAACCACAGCUGCAGCAACGACAACCACAGCUGCCCCAACAACAACGAAAGAAGUAGCAACAACAACCACAGCUGCUCCAACAACAACCACAGAAGCAGCAACAACAACCACAGCUGCUCCAACAACGACAACCACAGCUGCUCCAACAACAACCACAGAAGAAGCAACGACAACUACAGCUGCAGCAACGACAGCUGCUCCAACAACAACCACAGCUGCAGCAACUACAACCACAGCUGCCCCAACAACAACCACAGAAGCAUCAACAACAAACACAGCUGCUCCAACAACAACCACAGAAGCAGCAACGACAACCACAGCUGCUCCAAUAACAUCCACAGCUGAAGCAACGACAACCACUGUUGCCCCAGCAACCACAGAAGCAGCAACGACAACCACAGCUGCCCCAACAACAACCACAGAAGCAGCAACGACAACAACAGCUGCAGCAACAACAACCACAGAAGCAGCAACUACAAACACAGCUGCAGCAACCACAACCACAGCUGCCCCAACAACAACCACAGAAGCAGCAACGACAACCACAUCAACAGCAACGACAACAGCUGCCCCAACAACAACCACAGAAGCAGCAACAACAACCACAGCUGCUCCAACAACAACCACAGAAGCAGUAACCACAACCACAGCUGCUCCAACAACAUCCACAGCUGAAGCAACAACAACCACUGUUGCCCCAGCAACCUCAGAAGCAGCAACGACAACAACAGCUGCCCCAACAACCACCACAGAAGCAGCAACGACAACUACAGCUGCAGCAACGACAACGACAGCUGCUCCAACAACAACCACAGCUGCAGCAACAACAACAACAGCUGCCCCAACAACCACCACAGAAGCAGCAACGACAACCACAGCUGCCCCAACAACCACCACAGAAGCAGCAACGACAACCACAGCUGCAGCAACGACGACCACAGCUGCUCCAACAACAACCACAGAAGAAGCAACGACAACUACAGCUGCAGCAACGAGAACGACAGCUGCUCCAACAACAACCACAGCUGCAGCAACGACAACCACAGCUGCCCCAACAACAACGACAGAAGUAGCAACAACAACCACAGCUGCUCCAACAACAACCACAGAAGCAGCAACGACAACCACAGCUGCUCCAACAACAUCCACAGCUGAAGCAACGACAACCACUGUUGCCCCAGCAACCUCAGAAGCAGCAACAACAACCACAGCUGCCCCAACAACCACCACAGAAGCAGCAAUGACAACCACAGCUGCAGCAACGACAACCACAGCUGCUCCAACAACAACCACAGAAGAAGCAACGACAACUACAGCUGCAGCAACGACAGCUGCUCCAACAACA